AUGUUCUGCCUAGCCACGGGCGUUGUAAUAUUUGUUGUAGCAAUAGUUUAUAUCGUUCUGGACACGAUCAUCCGUUCACUGAAAGUAGGCGACAUAACGGACAAGUAUGUGUUUAUUACUGGAUGUGAUUCUGGAUUUGGCUAUCUCGCAGCCAAACAACUUGACAAGCUCGGCUUCCACGUCUUUGCUGGCUGUUUGACUAAAGAGGGAGCCACGUCUGUGACGGAGAGCUGUUCCAGUCGAGUGACCACAGUUGAGCUGGAUAUUAGAAGUACAGAGAGCAUACAACAAGCGGUCAAGUUGGUGGAGAGCAGGCUGCCUCCAAACACAGGAUUAUGGGCCUUGUUGAACAACGCUGGAGUUAUGGGCAGGUGUGCGCCAGCUGAAAUGUGCAGCAGGGAGGACAUCCAGGAGACCCUCAGUGUCAAUCUUCUGGGACCUAUAGACGUAAUACGGCACUUUCUACCUCUUAUCAGGAAAAGUAAAGGACGCAUAGUGAUCACUACAAGUAUGGGUGCCCGUGUGGCCAUUUUACCCACCCCUUACACCGUGUCAAAGUAUGGACUGAAUGGCUUCUCCGACAGACUACGACGCGAAGUCAUGCGGCAAGGCAUCAAAGUUUCUAUUGUGGAACCCGGAGCCUUCAGGACACCAAUUAUGAACACAGACAAGAGUGUACAAGGAGUACAAGAAGUGUACGACAAGCACAGUCCAGACAUACAGGCCAUUUACGGAGGCCCUGAGCUUAUGAACAUCGUGCGAAACGUUCUCUCUACGACUAAAUCAACAGCUACAGAAGACCUGCGACUUGUCGUCAAUGCAUACGUGCAUGCCAUUACCUCCAGGUUUCCUCGUACCCGAUACAGACCCGGCUGGGACGCUGUCUGGUUUUACAAUCCAGUAUCUUAUCUCCCUGACAGUCUGGCUGAUCUUGUGCUCAGUCCGGCCGCCUAA